AUGGUCGAUAAUCUAGAGUUCUGUGAAGGGUUUCCCUGGGGGAGAUACACCUUUGAAAAAAUAUUCGAGCAAAUAUGGAAGAUGUAUGCAAGCAGUUCUAAACCGAAGGAGAGAUGGCAUUGUCCGGGAUUUGUGAUACCUCUUAUGUUGCUUCCUUUUGAAUGCGUGGAAAGCUUAGGCGCAAACAGAUGGUAUAUGGCAGUGGAAGGUGCUGAUCCAGCUUGUCCUAGGAUGUGCAAGAAGCGCAUCCAACCGGGCCUGUUUGUCACACACACAAAUGUGAUGAAACAGAUCGGUGUGACUUCACAGGGUAUACGAAGUGUUCUUCAAAUAGAGGAGGGAGAAGAACAUAUUUUUUUUAAUCUACAUGAAGAUGAAAGUUGUCAUCCGGAGGUUCAAAAUUGGAUGCAACAAUUGAAGAUGAAUCCGAGAAGUAUUUGUUUUGAGAAAAUACGUGAGUUUGAUGUCGGUGGUAGAGCUUCCGUCAAUAAUGCAAAGAGGAAGAAGAAAGGAUAA